AUGCUCGGGUUUUCUUUUGUUUGCUUCGCGUUCAUUUCAUUUGCUUAUAUAGCAUCUUCUGAUCCUAUAGCACCUUCAUCUGUUGAAUAUUAUGACAAAGUGAAUACUCUCCUUCAAUCUUAUCAGACAACCGAGGAGGAUGCACUCAUCACUAGUAAUGCCCAGUAUGAGGAUGCUAUGCAAGUAGCCAGUAUGAAAUAUGAUCAGGACAGAAUCAGAGAUUAUAAUAAAAAGGUCUACAACAGAGCUGUUAGACGUCACCACGAAAAACAAAGAAAGUUUGAAGAGUAUGUAAGUAAUAUUAGAAAAGCUAAAAUGAAAGGAAAUCAUUCAAAAAAUGACGGCAAAGUCUUAAAAUGGUUGAAAUUCUCAUAA